AUGGCCGCUUGUGGGAGAAAAUGGCCUCUUUUGGGAGAAAAUAGCCGCUUGUGGAGAAAAUGGCCUCUUUUGGGAGAAAAUGGGUAUAAGUGUUGUCUAAACACUCCUAAUCCAUCUCUAACUCUUAUUAUUAGUCAAAUGCAUUGGAUUGUGACACAUUUUGAUCAUAAAAACACUAAUAAAACUGUUUACUGCUUCCGCUUCUGGGAGAAAAUGGGUAUAAGUGAUGUCUAA